ACAAGCAGGGCUGAUUUUGUCUCCUCACUCCUUGAGCUCUCACUCCACCUCUGGGACAACAACGCCAUUUGUUUUGCGACGUAUGCUUUAGAGCUCCGUUUACCUCCUGAACAUGUUUCUGUUGCAGGAUGGGAUUCAGACGCUAGCCCAGGGGACGAACCCGGACGAACCCGUCAUGCUUGAUCGAACGGUAGACAAUAUAUGUAUCCUUGCGAAUUGUCAUAGGGCCAGAUACCAAACAGCAUGCAAUCGGCGACCUGAACGAGGCCAUCGCAUUAUACCGAUAUAUGCUGCAAUUGCGCCCGACUGGACAUCCCAGUCGUGCUUCGUCCCUCCACGACCUUGCACAGUGUCUAGCAGAUCGCUUCCGUCAGCAACUCACUGCGACUGAUCUGGCCGAGGCUAUUGCGCUUGAGCAAGAAGUAUUGCAAUCACUCGUACGUAAAGAUCCGGGUUACGACGUCUCUCGGCGCUGUCUUACAGCCUACGUCCAAAUGAAGAUCAGCUCACAAGUUGCCAUGAUGUCCUCGGAUGCCUCAGGUGUUACCCACUUUGACGUUGAGCAAAUUAUCCAUAAUGUGGUACUUGAAACCCUCGAAACCGUGCCUACCAGGCUGCUUCACACGCGUACUGGCAUCCUGUGCAAUCGGAAUGCGCAGGUAUCGCAUUUUAUGAACAGUCAGCAGUACAAACGGCCUGGUGACUAUCUGUACAUCGUGCGACCGACACCAGAAAAUGGAACUCAUUCAUAUUGAUGUUUCGAGACAUUUCCAGUACGUCACGCUUUCUCACCACUGGGUCAUCAUUGCGCGAAAUCGAAGGCCGCCC